UCCACACACGUUCCAGCACUCUCAUUCUCCCUUCAUCUUCUCCAGCUCGCUCUCUCUGGGUUUUUUUUUUUUUUUUUUUUUUCUUCUUCUUCCUCCAUACACGAUUUUCCUUAUCUCUUUAUCUCCCCCUUCUUUUCUUUCUUUUUCUCCCUCAUUCAAGAAGUGCUUUCUCUUCUUUUUUUUUUCUCCAGCUCUCGGUCUCUGGUUUUUUUUUUUUUUUUUUUUUUUUUUUUAAACUUGAUUCCAGGACAGCCAUUGUGUUUGUGAGGAGGGUAGGUGGGAGAGGGCAUUUGUGUAAUUUCACGGUAAGAGCAGCUUUCUCUCCACAGUUUUCCUCCCGAUUUGGGAGGAAAAAAAUUGGUGGGUCCGGGAGGAAAAUUUUCUCCCAGAUUUUCCAUCCUCUCUGUUUUCCUUCGCUUCCCAAACAGUGGAAAACACUGUUUUCCACACCAUUUUCCACCCAUUAUUUUCCAUCCUCCCUAUAAUCCCUCCAACCAAACACAGCCUAAAGUUGAAAGACAAAGUAACUGUAACAGCGACUAAAAUUUAGCGUUUAGAUGGAUAUCUUUGUAACCAUUUACUGAAAAGGCUGAAAGCAUUACAAAACCAUUUCACUUUGGUACAAGUGACAAAGUUAUUGGCACCUAGAGCACCUUGACAUGCACGGCAACUUACAACAAGGAAAGAGAUUCGAAGGACAAUUAUGGCUAAGAAAAGCUACAAGCGCUUGUUUUCUUUUUUCCCUUAUCUAUAUUUAUGUACUGCUCAUCACAAGGGAAAAGCAUCUUGUGAUUAUGAUGGUACUCUCUCUCUCUAUAUAUAUAUGUAUGUGUGUACGUGUGCCAUAUGCUACAGCUGAAAAAUAUCUCUUGGAGGACCUUAAUCUUUACAGGAUGUCACUAAAUCUCCCCAACUUUACUGAGAACAGAAAUGCAGCUUGCCUAGCUAAUAAUAUUGCAAGCCAAUUAAAGAACGAAACAUGUAAAAACGCCUUUCGCUACAGCUCUACUCUAGGCACUAAGCCUAAUGUCACCGAAUAUGACAAGCUCAUGGAUGGUUGUGACAUAAAAGAGAAUCACACAGUUCAAGGGGUCAUAUUGCCUGUCUGUGUGCCCAGAUUAGACCCAUUUUUGGUGCUUUCUAAUUAUACAACACCUCAAUAUGCAAAAUAUCUUAAGGAUUCAAACUACACAGGGACUGGGAUUGGCUCUGAGGAUAAUUGGACGGUGGUUGUUUUGAGCACUAACACAUCAACCGGAAACUUUUCCGGUGCUGCUUCUUUGAUUGCAAAUGUCCGUAUGGGUAAAUCCUUGGUGGCUUUGUUCAUUGGAUUUCUUGUCGUUUCUGCAGUGAGCUGAAAUGCUCCAAGUGCUUGUCAUUUAUAUACAUAUUUUCCUUAUUUUUGUGUGUUUUUUGUGUAAAGUUGUGAACUUAAGUGAGAUUGUUUUUCUUGUUGUAACAUAUAUCAUGAUUGUAAUUGUGCAUA